AUGCAGUUCAGUCUUGACUCUUCCUCCUUGCCUCUUGCUUUCCUCUAUCAAUCAAGCUUUAUUCUUUUCUUUUAUAUCUUUCCUUUCUUUUUGUCAUCAUGUCGCAGCACGGACAAUCUAUCUCUCCUUCUCCAGUUCCGCCCUCGUCUGGCAAUACUUCUGGCGUCCGUCGCCACCAUACAAUCUCUGCCUCCUCUCGCAAUACUCGCCCAACUUCAAAGAUAGGUGUCUCUGAGUUAGACGACCAGCAGAACGAACAGAUAUGGAAUGAUGACGAAGUCGUUGACCAAGAUUGGGUCGGAGGGAUUGGUGCUGUGGGCGAGAAGUCCUCUCUCCAUCGACAAGCUUCACUUCCCACCCGAUACCACCGAGCCUUCGGCGGACAGGGAACCAGACAGCCUGGAACACAUACACCGAGGACUCUGAAUAGCCUACAAGCCAUUGCGGGACACGAAGGUGAAGACGAGGAGUGGGAGGAGGAUAUUCGAGGGUUUCGCAACGAAGAGGAGCGUGCUCUAUCUGGCUCUGAUCAAGGGCAUCAAGCCCUCGAGCACUCAUCAUCCUCUGCUUCUCCACUUUCUCCCCAUUUCAGUAGUGGGCCACCCAAUGUUCCGUCGCCGCCUCCGGCUUCCGGCGCAGCUGGUGUACGCAGACACCAGAGCUUGAACUAUCCUACUGCUGCUGGAAAUGUUCGACGUCUCCAAACUGGUCUCAAAAGAGCGGGGACUCUUCAAGCACCUCCGAUCAAAGGCAGCCAGCCGGGUGGUGGGUACGCCGGAGCUCAGAGUCCCAGUCCCACGAAUGCGGACGAAGAAUACGACAAUGAGAGCGUACGUACAGAUGAAGACUCAUACUUUGGUCUUCCUGCCCAGCAGGGUCAGUAUGUCCCACAGAGUCCGAUGGGCAGAUCCUCACCUUGGAGCACGCCUGGUGCAGGUAACGACUGGCGUUCCCAGAUUGGGGGCAACGCCGGACAAAACUUGGCUUCUGGGACAGUCGAUGACGUUUCACGCGCUUUGUCUGCCUUGGAGUUAAAUCAACAGUAUGGCAACACUGGUGCUUAUUCGCAGGACGUACGCAAUGGCGGUGGUCCUCGCAAGUUGCAGCAGAUCGUGACUGACUUCGAUGAACGCCAGUCGCACGCAGUACAGAGUGCAGCAGCCUAUGUGCCACCUAUUGGGCAUGUCUACGGGCAUCCGAACCAGCAGGUACCUCAACGCCGCCAGCAAGAGCGCGAAGACUACUCUCAACAAAGUCAACGGGAACGUGCACUCACCGCCACAGGAACCACGACCUGGGACCAGAAAGAACGUCUGCUUGGCGGAAGAGCAUCGAACCCCAAUCUUCACCAUGUGUAUGACGGCAAGAACGGAAAUGGCGGCAAUAUCCCUGGCGUUCCUGCUAUUCCGGCACAGUAUCUGAACAAUCAAGGCCAGGCACCGAGGUUGGGAGCGACCACGCCGUCUAAUGCACAAGGACAGCCUUCUGGCAGAACAAGUCAAGGUCAUUCGCAGAAUCCGUCGACAGAUGGGUACAUCGGCUCACCGAUUGACGUGCCAACGCUCAUCGCCACGAAGGGUUACAACCCUGUCGAGUUUGAUUCCAGGCCCCUAUUCGCUCGCUACUUCGUUAUCAAGUCCUACACAGAGGACGAUGUUCACAAGUCCUUGAAGUAUGAAAUCUGGAGCUCAACAGAUCCCGGUAACAAGCGAUUGGACAAGGCAUUCAAAGAGACCGCUUCUCGAGGUCCCAUCUAUCUGUUCUUCAGUGUAAAUGCUAGCGGCCACUUCUGCGGCAUGGCAGAGAUGUUGACGCCUGUUGACUACACACGAAGCAGUACCGUCUGGGCAUCCGACAAAUGGAAGGGUGUCUUCAAGGUCAGGUGGAUCUUCGUCCGCGACAUUCCCAAUGCUUCUCUCCGUCACAUUCGGUUGAACAACACACAGGAGCGCAAGCCGGUCACGAACUCUCGUGAUACGCAAGAACUCCUUCCGGAGGCCGGCCAAGAAAUGCUCCGUAUCUUCCACACUCAUCCUGCUCGAACAUCGCUUCUCCAAGAUUUCGCUUUUUACGAGCUUCAAGCGAUGCAAAAGACAGUUCAGCAACCAGGCGCGUCCCAGAUGCAACAGUCAGGACCAUCGCCCGUGCAAAAUAACGCUCAGGCUCAACAAGGCGUCGGCCAAUCCCAAGGCAUGUCUCCUCCACCAGGCAACGUCGCCGCUGGCCAACAUCCGUUCGCUAUGUCCAAUCCCGCUGCGCUGGCGUAUGCGGCCCAGAUGGGAAUGCCCGGUAUGAACAUGGGUAUGGGCAUGGGCAUGAACCCGAUGCUCCAGAUGCAGAUGAGCAUGGGCGCACAGUUCGCCAACCCUCACACGAUGCAAAGUGUCAUGCGUCAUCCAAGUCCUGGACCUAUGUCGCAAGUCGGACAGAACUAUAUGGGCAUGGGUGGCAUGCCUGGAUUCUAGACGCUUAUAUAGACUCGUGCGACAACACAGAAAGAAAGAAGAGAAACAAAUCAAUCUGUACGGUUUUUCACUAAUCUCUAUGCGUAUUCCCUUAACGCCUUUCCUAUCACCACUCAUGUACGACCACCCACGCCAGUAGAGCGCUAUAUCUAUUCUCUUCUUCUUCUCGUUUUUUCUUAUUUGCGGUGACGACCUCUUGUUAUUUUGUCCUCCCCUCUUCUUUUCACAUUUCAUGAUCAUCUUGCAUAGCUACACUAGCACACAUGGACGCGGAACGGUGCCCCGGACGUUGUUGUCGUUAGUUCCUGUUUUCCUCAGUUGCUGUAUGAUGUACAUACCACAUUGUAGUCCAUAUGUAAGGUCCCUCUUCGCCUUCUUUCAAUGCUUAUCAUUGCUUUCGUUUUGUCGCGAUCGGAGGUGCUGAAUCAGCUCUACGAUCGCGUCUCUUAAGUUAGCCGCCAGAAACACGAUCUUUGUACAUCGAU